CCUGUUCUUGCCACCACACGGCCACGGCCACUUCACUCUCAUCCCCAUUCUUCUUCUUCCCCAGCUAGCUGCAUGCCCCUUCUCCAAAUCAAAAUCACCUCUACAGUAGCUAGCUAGGCAGCAUCCCAUGAGGAGAUUCAUCGGCUUCCUCCUGCUCGCGCAGCUGCUCGGCGCGUGCUAUGCGCAGGAGCGGAAGAACUAUGUGGUUCACCUCGAGCCGCGGGACGACGUCGGCACGGACGCCGUCGAGGUCUGGCACCGCUCCUUCCUGCCGGAGGCCACCCUGCAGUCCUCCACCGACGGCGGCCCAACCAUCAUAUACUCCUACAGCCACGUCCUCACAGGCUUCGCCGCCAGGCUGAGCGACGACGAGGCCGAGGCUAUGCGGAACAGGCCCGGCUGCCUCCGCCUCUACCCGGAGCACUUCCUGCCCCUCGCCACCACCCACUCCCCGGGCUUCCUCGGCCUCCACCUCGGCAAGGACGGCUUCUGGAGCCGCUCCGGCUUCGGCCGCGGCGUCGUCAUCGGCCUCCUCGACACCGGCAUCCUGCCCAGCCACCCCUCCUUCGGCGACGCGGGCAUGCCGCCGCCCCCCAAAAAAUGGAAGGGCACCUGCGAGUUCAAGGCGAUCGCGGGGGCCGGCGGCUGCAACAACAAGGUCAUCGGCGCGCGCGCGUUCGGCAGCGCCUCGGUCAACUCCACCGCGCCCCCCGUCGACGACGCCGGCCACGGGACCCACACGGCCAGCACGGCGGCCGGCAACUUCGUGGAGAACGCCGACGUCCGCGGCAACGCGCACGGGACCGCCUCCGGGAUGGCGCCGCACGCGCACCUGGCGAUAUACAAGGUGUGCACCCGCAGCCGCUGCUCCAUCAUGGACAUCGUGGCGGGGCUGGACGCCGCGGUCAAGGACGGCGUCGACGUCAUCUCCUUCUCCAUCGACGCGUCCGACGGCGCGCAGUUCAACUACGACCUGGUGGCCAUCGCCACCUACAAGGCCAUGGAGCGCGGCAUCUUCGUCAGCGCCGCCGCCGGGAACGUCGGUCCCACCGUGGGCUCCGUCGGCAACGGCGCGCCCUGGAUGCUCACCGUCGCGGCUGGGACCACGGACCGGGCCAUCCGCACGGUCGUCAAACUCGGCGACGGGCAGGAGCUCGACGGUGAGUCGCUGUUCCAGCCGCGGAACAACAGCGCGGGGCGGCAGCUCCCGCUCGUGUUCCCCGGCGCCGGCGGCGACCCGGACGCGCGCGGCUGCAGCUCCCUCCCCGACGACGUCAGGGGCAAGGUGGUCCUCUGCGAGAGCCGCGGCAUCUCCGAGCACGUGGAGCAGGGGCAGACCGUGAACGCCUACUCCGGCUCCGGGAUGAUCCUGAUGAACAAGCCCGAGGAGGGGUUCACCACCUUCGCCGACGCGCACGUGCUGCCGGCGUCGCACGUCAGCAACGCCGCGGGGGCCAAGAUCGCCGCCUACAUCAAGUCGACGCGGAACCCCACGGCGAGCAUCGCGUUCAGGGGCACGGUCAUGGGGUCCUCCCCGGCGCCGGCGGUGGCGUUCUUCUCCUCCCGCGGGCCGAGCAAGGCGAGCCCGGGCAUCCUGAAGCCCGACAUCACGGGGCCCGGGAUGAACAUCCUCGCCGCGUGGGCGCCCAGCGAGAUGCACCCGGAGUUCGUGGACGACGUCAGCCUCGCCUUCUUCAUGGAGUCCGGCACCUCCAUGUCCACGCCGCACCUGAGCGGCAUCGCCGCCGUCAUCAAGAGCCUGCACCCGGGCUGGUCGCCCGCGGAGAUCCGGUCGGCGCUGAUGACCUCCUCCGACACGGCGGACCACGCCGGCGUGCCCAUCAAGGACGAGCAGUACCGGCGCGCGAGCUUCUACGCCAUGGGCGCCGGGUACGUGAACCCGUCCCGCGCCGUGGACCCUGGCCUGGUGUACGACCUCGCGCCCAACGACUACGUCCCUUACCUCUGCGGGCUGGGCAUCGGGGACGAGGGCGUGAGGGAGAUCACCCACCGCAAGAUCGAGUGCGGGAAGAUGAAGGCCAUCACCGAGGCGGAGCUCAACUACCCGUCCAUGGUGAUCAAGCUGCUGUCGCAGCCGAUCACCAUCAGGCGCACGGUGAAGAACGUCGGGAAGGCCGAGUCGGUGUACACGGCGGUGGUGGACAUGCCCAAGGAGGUGUCCGUCACUGUGCGGCCACCCAUGCUGCGCUUCAACAAGGUGAACCAGAGGCAGAGCUACACGGUGACGGUGCGGUGGGCGGGGAAGCAGCCGGCGAUCGCCGGCGUCGAGGGGAACCUGAAGUGGGUGUCGCCGGAGCACGUGGUCCGGAGCCCGAUCGUGGUGCCGCCGGCCAAGGCCGUCGUGUAGGAUGGAGUUGGGUGUACGUACGUGACGACGGCGCAGCAGGCGUGACACGGUGGCGGAAUAUUCGUUGUUUAUAGGUUGGCGCGAUGGAUUAGGCUCGUGGAGCACCACUUUGACGUGUCGCAGCAAUCUCAGCUGCGGUUCAGACUAGUGGUGGUGGUGUCAGUGGUGUGUGUAUAGUGAAAAUAAUGGAAUUAACCCAUUCGUGAAAUGAAA